GGGGGAGUUAAUGAACAUCAGUUCGAGCAAUGCGCAGAAAUGAACAACGCACAGAAUCACUCUGCUAGAUAACCAUAAGAGCAACGUUAAAGAUGAUACAUGACACAUGGAUUACCUAAACAUUUCUUCUAUUAACUAAAGUUGCAUUUCAAUAGAGAGCCAUAUGGUUAAGUUUCAGGACAGUAAGGCGUCUUACUUCUCUCCAGGUGAACACACGAGGUCCGUUUUCUUGGAUUUGUUUUGUACUUCAAGUUAAAGCAAUGGGAUAUAAAACGGAUCUUGGAUACUGUUUCGUUGUGGUAUUCACAUACUCUCUCAUAUCCAGGUGUCGAACAAAAAUGGGAAAUAAUAUCACAGUUGCGGUGAUGCUUCCCGACGAUUACCACAAGUAUCCCUGGGCUUUGCCUCGGGUUUUCCCAGCAAUUAUUAUGGCGAACGAGAAUCUUCAGAAGAAGCACGGAGUUCUCCAAGGCCACUCAAUUCAACUCUUGAAUUUCAGCACGGAGGAUUCAACCGGUGUCUGCGCAGAAAAUAAGGCACAAAUUAUCGCCGUGGACACCAAACUUUAUAAUAAACCAGAUGCUUUCUUUGGACCUGGUUGCGUGUAUUCAGUGGCCUCAGUUGGAAGGUUUGCAUCCCAUUGGAAACUCCCAUUGAUAACUGCGGGAGGAACGGCAUAUGGGUUUGAUAACAGGGAUGAGUACAAAACGAUUGUGCGCACCGGACCCUCGAGCAUAAAAUUGGGAGACUUUGCAAGCAGUAUUCACUCGCACUUUAAUUGGACCUCUCGUGCCAUUCUGAUUUUUCACGAUAUGAAAAAAGAUGACCGACCUCACUACUUCCUCUCUGAAGGCAUUUACAUAAUUUUGAAGGCAGAAAAUGUCACAGUUGAUGCCUUGCCGUAUCGAGACUCACCAAGCUAUUAUAAAGAAAUCAUUACUUUCAUGAAAGACCACGGAAGAAGUAAGUCUAUAAAUUGGCUAUUUCCACAUAUGAAAUGUGGAUAUUUCCAUAAUAAGAUAGCCUAAAUAUUUGGAACAUUGUCUUGAUAGUAGGCUAAUAUGAUAUUUGGGCUUACGUUUUUAAUUUACCCGUAGCCAAUGUUGGUCAUAUACACCAUAUACACUGAGUGUACAAAACAUUAGGAACACCUUCCUUAGAUUGAGUUCACCCCCUUUUGCCAUCAGAACAGCCUCAAUUCGUCGGGGCAUGGACUCUACAAGGUGUCGAAAGCGUUCCACAGGGAUGCUGGCCCAUGUUGACUCCAAUGCUUCCCACAGUUGUGUCAAGUUGUCUGGAUGCCCUUUGAGUGGUGGACCAUUCUUGAUACACACGGGAAUCUGCUGAGCGUGAAAGACCCAGCAGCGUUGCAGUUGUAGACACACUCAAACCGGUGCGCCUGGCACCAACUACAAUACCCUGUUCAAAGGCAUUUCAAUGUUUUGUCUUGCCCAUUCACACUCUGAAUGGCACACAUACACAAUCCAUUUCUCAAUUGUCUCAAGGCUUAAAAAUCAUUUUUUAACUUGUCACGUCCCCUUCAUCUACACUGGUUGAAGUGGAUUUAACAAGUGACAUCAAAAAGAGAUCAUAGCUUUCACCUGGAUUCACUUGGUCAGUCUGUCAUGGAAAGAGCAGGUGUUCCUAAUGUUUAGUCAAAGCAUAUUCUUACAAUAAUAUUCAACUAAAUUAUGAGUUGGUAUUACAUUACAGUGGAUUUAAACCUGUUCUUGGUAUACUUAUUUAAUAUAAAAACAAAUUUAGUAGGCCUAGCCUACCUAUUACAUGUUUUUAUUUAACUUUUAUUUAUUCAGGUGAGCCCCAAUUGAGACCAGGGUCUCAUUCACAAUGGUGCUCUGAGAACAAACAACUCACAACAUAAUUCAAUAAAUCAGUAAACAGUAAAAAAGAAACUACAAAGAUACAGCAUAUAGACACACCACAUCUCAACAACACAAAUAAACCCCCACAAUCAUCCAAAACACUUGGAAACCUCACUGCAUUCAUCCCUCAUCAGUGUUUUAAACUUCCAUAUUGGCACCAGGGAUUCAAGAUAUAAUGAGGUUUGUAAAUUAUUCCAACGAUGGGGGGCAUUAAAACUAAAGGCUGAUUUACCUAGGUUGGUAGAGACACGAAGGACCUCAAGAGUUAACCAACCCUGUCAGCGGGUUUGGUGGCCCGUAUUUUUGUACUUUAACAGAGAAGUGAGAUGUGUUGAAAGCUUGUGCAGAAGAGCUUUGUAAACAAAAAGGGAGAAAUGAAGACAGUAAAGAAUGCACUUCUAUGCCCAGUGUGUGUCUUACCAGACCACCGUUUAUUGCUGUGAACCACCUGCGUAAUCACUGAAAGUGUGUUUGUGUGUGUGAGAGAGAGAGAUUAUGAAACUUGAAUAAUUCUUGUAAAUAUUCAGUUUUACCUGUAAUAAGGCUAAGGCAUUAUUAUUGUUAAUUAAUUAGCCUAUAAUGGCCCAAUGUUAAUUUCCAAUAUCAGGGCGUGUUGACUCACAGCAGCUUGUAUUCCAGCUCAUUCUAUUUACACUUCACCGUUAUGUACAUGAUGUAGCCUAUUGCUUAUUUCAAAACAAUUAAAAAUAAAUGCUUAUCAUUACACAAUUAGUGUUGAUUGUUUACCUAGUGUCAAAUUGUAUUGACACACAGCUGUUUUAACAGUUUCAUGGUAAUCCCCACUGUAUGAUGUUAUUACAACUGUAUAAUUUUCAUUUGAUUAACCCCAAAACAAUUUUAGGAAUUGUUAAUUAAUCCUCACUACUUGUAAUGGGCUGAGAAAGCAUAUAAACAGAGACUCUACCAAGUCAUCACACACACAUCACUCUACAUUAUCAUUUUUUCUGACUUCAGAGAUACAUUUUAAUAUAUUAUUGAUAGUGAUGUAGAGAGAUUUUGUCUGUAGAGACCCAUUAGACCUCUGUCUUACUACAACAUGUACUCUGAUUUAUUGUUUGAUGUGGCAAAUGACCCGUUGUGUUGACAGGUCUAAGGUUGAAUUUGGGUAAUUUGUUUGCUACCAGUUAUUUGUGAGCGUUUUCUCUCUGUUAAUCAUUUCUCACGUCAGGAACAGGCAGCUCACAGUUGCCUUAUGCAGCUAGACUUCUUUGUUGUUUACCCUUAUCAACACAAUUAAGUGGCAUCAAUGCUUUUUGUUGUUAUAAAUUCAGACUAAGUAUUUUAGGAAUUUGUUGCUUUCAAACUCUUCAUAUUAUUUGGUAACUCAGAAUCCAUCAAAAUUGGAUGCUGCAUAUCAAUAACAUAAUGGAAUGAUGUUAACGAUAAAUUCUACUGACAUAGUUGCAUCAGCUAAACAAUCACCUUGGACCAUAGUGUUAUACUGCAAUAUCAAAAUAUCUAUACCAGUAGAGGGGAAUUGGAGUGUUGAAAGUCCAACAGCGAAAUGCAAAUACUGCUAAAAACUAUGAUCAAUGUUCUGAAGCUGGCAAGUGAUAUUGAUGUGUGCUUUGGCCCAGAACUGUUCUGUUUGUAGGAAACAUCUGAUGCUGUGUGUUGGUUAAGGUGCAUCUGGAAAAAGUAAAGGCACUGAACUCUUUCACAUCAUCUGGGAAGAUACUGGCCUUUGGUUUUCUCAAUAACUCUAAAACGUUACUAUAACUACAAAAUGAUACUCUUGGCUCACUGUUUUCAUCCAUAGUUCUUGUCAGGGUACUGAUUAGAAAUCAGUGGAUCAGAACAUUAUAGACUAGAGUGACUCUGCAUUAACCAGCAUAGCACAGAAUACAGAUACGACUGUGUUGUCAAUGAGUGAUGCAUGUAAAUUACUGGGUUUAUUUGCUUUUAAAGCACUUUAAAAAACUUUUCCAGCAGUAAGAUUAACAAAUAGUGCAAUAAACACUGCAUAUGGUACUUAACUAGUGUUAUAUCAGGAAAUGGCAUUUUGAAAGCUGCCAAACCUCUUAGCUGAAUUAUGGGCCCGCCAUGGUGAGGUUGGGGUCACGGAAGCUAAUGGUUUUGUCAGGGCUUGUCCAAGCUUGGAGUUCUGGCUUGACAUUCCAUUCACAUUUAUCCCUAUGAGAUCACCAACAUAUAACCCCUGGAUUGUCAACCUUUACCUCAACUGAGUGGUCUCUCAUUUUGGUCGACGUCUUGACAAUACUGUUUAGUGUUGAGUGUUGAUUGUUUUUAAGCCAGUUGUUGUCAGGUACAGAUUUGUAUUGUAAAUUGAUGCACUCCAACACAGUCCCUCUGAUUUUGUGUUCUGAAUCUGAUAGGAAAACCUUUUGAAGUCUAAUUAUUAGCUUCCUAUCAGAUUUGUUCAUGAAAAAAGAGCAAUGGUAGAAACAUGUAAUAUCUCCCCAAAAAACAUUUAACUGCCUGAAAUUGACAAACCUAAACAACCAGACUGAAUAUGAGGCCAAUAAUGUUUUAUAAAAUCCCACCAGGUUACCUCUGGAAAAGCUCACACCUUGUUAAUUUUCAGACCACUAAAAGCACACAUACACAGGAAGGAAAUGCCAAAUGGCUGAAAGGAAGAAUACAUCAAGCUGUGUUUUUUUCUUUUGUGGAGGUACAUAUGUGAAUGUUUGUUGCAGACUACAUGAGUGCUAACAGGGUUGCCAACAUAAUGGAGCACAGGUACUAUAUAGGCCCCUCACUGAAAUCACACAAAGUGAGUUUCCUGUCAAAUAAUACCUGUGCUCUACCAGUCAAAAGUUUGGACACACCUACUCAUUCAAGGGUUUUUCUUUAUUUUUACAUUGUAGAAUAAUAGUGAAGACAUCAAAACUAUGAAAUAACACGUAUGGAAUCAUGUAGUAUCCAGAAAAGUGUUAAACAAAUCAAAAUAUAUUUUAUAUUUGAGAUUCUUCAAAUAGCCACCCUUUGCCUCGAUGACAGCUUUGCACACUCUUGGCAUUCUCUCAACCAGCUUCAUGAGGUAGUCACCUGGAAUGCAUUUUGAUUAACAGGUGUGCCUUCUUAAAAGUUAAUUUGUGGAAUUUCUUUCCUUCUUAAUGCGUUUGAGCCAAUCAGUUGUGUUGUGACAAGGUGUGGGGUUGGGGUAUACAGAAGAUAGCCCUAUUUGGUAAAAGACCAAGUCCAUAUUAUGGCAAGAACAGCUCAAAUAAGCAAAGAGAAACGACAGUCCAUCAUUACUUUAAGACAUGAAGGUCAGCCAAUACGGAAAAUGUCAAGAACUUUGAAUGUGCAGUCGCAAAACCAUAAAGUGCUAUGAUGAAACUGGCUCUCAUGAGAACCGCCACAGGAAUGGAAGACCCAGAGUUACCUCUGCUACAGUGGAUAAGUUCAUUAGAUUUACCAGCCUCAGAAAUUGCAGCCCAAAUAAAUGCUUCACAGAGUUCAAGUCACAGACACAUCUCAACAUCAACUGUUCAGAUUGUACUGUGUGAAUCAGGCCUUCAUGGUCAAAUUGCUGCAAAGAAACCACUACUAAAGGACACCAAUAAUAAUAAGAGACCUGCUUGGGCCAAGAAACACGAGCAAUGGACAUUAGACUGGUGGAAAUGUGUCCUUUGGUCUGGAGUCCAAAUUGGAGAUUUUUGGUUCCAACCACCGUGUCUUUGUGAGAUAUGGUGUGGGUGAACGGAUGAUCUCCGCAUGUGUAGUUCCCACCGUAAAGCAUGGAGGAGGAGGUGUUAUGGUGUGGAGAUGCUUUGCUGGUGACAUUGUCUGUGAUUUAUUUCGAAUUCAAGGCACACUUAACCAGCAUGUCUACCAGAGCAUUCUGCAGCGACACGCCAUCCCAUCUGGUUUGGGCUUAGUGGGACUAUCAUUUGUUUUUCAACAGGACAAUGACCCAACACACCUCCAGGCUGUGUAAGGGCUAUUUUACCAAGAAGGAGAGUGAUGGAGUGCUGCAUCAGAUGACCUGGCCUCCACCCAAUUGAGAUGGUUUGGGGGGUAUGAAAAAAAAGAAAUAAAAAAAAAGUAAUGUAUGCACUAACUGUAAGUCGCUCUGGAUAAGAGCUUCUGCUAAAUGACUUAAAUGUAAAAUGUAAAUGUUUGGGAUGAGUCGGAUGGCAGAGUGAAGGAAAAGCAGCCAACAAGUGCUCAGCAUAUGUGGGAACUCCUUCAAGACUGUUGGAAAUGCAUUUCAGGUGAAGCUGGUUGAGAGAAUGCCAAGAGUGUGCAAAGCUGUCAUCAAGGCAAAGGGUGGCUAUUUGAAGAAUCUGAAAUAAAAAUAUAUUUUCAUUUGUUUAAUACUUUUUUGGUUACUAAGUGAUUCCAUAUGUGUUAUUUCAUAGUUUUGAUGUCCACUAUUAUUCUACAAUGUAGAAAAUAGUAAAAAUAAAGAAAAACCCUUGAAUGAGUAGGUGUGUCCAAACUUUUGACUGGUACUGUAUAUAAAAAAACUCUCAGCAUGCAUCACAUCCGUAUUGUGUGACUGGCUCGUUUCUGUCUAUCAUAGAUCGACUUGUUUAUGGAAGUUGUGUACAACUUCCUGGAAGAGAACGAAGACAUGCGACAAAUGAGAGUUGUUAAAGCCCUUCUAACAGAUUAGACCAUGGUAACACAAUGGUCUAGAAGAUAAUUAUCUCUAAAAUGAUCUCUGUCAUAUUUGUAUUAUACUGUAAUAAAGUAAGAUACACAUUACACAAAACACUGUAAAGUUGACGGUAGUUUCUAAACAUGCAAUUUUGCAGAGACUGUUUUAUUGGUCUUCUUUCAAGCGUCACACCUGGAAAAAAUACAAAUUGAAUGUAUUCAUUAUAUAGGCUAGGAUACUCAGGCGCUUGAUUAUGAACAUAUUAUGGGAUGCAUUUUAUAGUCAGUGCAGCAUUAAGUUUCUCUCUGCAUGUAGAUGUUGUGUGAGUCAUGGGAGCUAAUGCAGCCUUGUCCUAGAAAUGGAAAAUUCAGGUGAGGUGGGUUGUUUGCUAUCUUUGAGUCUGCCGCUAAGUGAAACAAAAUGUACCAAACAAUUUGAUGUGCUUUGUAAUAAAUUAAGCCCAGGCAGAUCCUUAUGAUUUCUACAACACAGGUUGACUUUUCCCCUGCCUUUUUGUACAUUUGCUUUGGACGAUGUCCAGGAGACAGCAGGACUACUUGGCAUGGCUCCUUGUGAGCUAUGUUGGAAGAGAUGAGAGUUGGGGUCUGAGAGGCGGUCUGUGCCGACUUUGAGGAAAUGUCUGCUAACUGGGAGGACUGCCUUAGAGCUGGCAGCAGUCACUCUGACAUAUGCAGCGAAUGGAAAUAAUGCCUACAGGCAUGCUGUCUAUGGAGCAGACUGCAUGAAAACAGAAUGGGAGGGUAUUAUGUAGGCAGGCUUACAGCACGGACAGCUUUACACACUGUAAACACACAUGCACACCCCCUAAAUAGCACACACAUGACUGUGCAACUUCAGUAGGCGUACCUACACCUGAUUCCUCAUAACAGCAUUCCCCACAAGUUACUGAUUUGGAUUGAUUUCCUUCAUACCUCAUUUGGUUCAUAUAUACAUCUAGUCGACCAAUGAUAGUAGGAGCAAUUCACAAAAUGGCGAGGUUUGAUAGCUAAAGCAGUUAUAGGAAAUACAACCAUAAUUCACAUAAACAGUUAUAAGUAACCUUUGUGUUGUGCUUUUUUGUCUUCCCUACAGUUGUGUAUAUCUGCGGGCCUCUGGACACGUUUCUGAAUAUCAUGAAGCUUUUCCAGAGUGAGAUCCCAGACCCUGAGAACUACGCCAUCUUCUAUCUGGACGUGUUUGCUGAAAGCCUAACGGAGCGCAAACCCUGGCUGAACAAUGACAGCCUCUGGAUUGAUCCCAUAAAGGUGUUCAAGGUACAUUGCACUGACAGACCGACAUGCAGGCAGGCAGACAGUCAGGGAUGAUGACAGAGAAAUAUUCCCUCUAUUUCAUUCAUUACGUUUGAUUAAUUUAAUUUAUUGCAGAAUCCUUUUUGAGUAAUUGUGUCCAAAUACUCUGUCAACUGGUGAACUGUCCGUUUUUUCCCCCCUUCGGUAAUUGGAACCAGACAGGAUUACGAGUCUGAAACUGCCAUUUGACAUGUGAAAUGGAUGUCUCUCACUGAGGAAAUUCUAUUCAAAUCCUCUCCUUCAUGGGUUUAUCUCCGGCCUGUCCAUCAACAGAAUACUUUCGCAUCCCUCUUUUCCAACUGAACCUGUAUCAAAGGGAACACAAAGUUCACCAAGUUGACUGAGGUUGACCAACAUGUAGCCUACGUGAAUUACUGUAAAGUUUUAUCUUAAAACAUUUUAAAUGUUUAUUUACAGUAAACAAAUACAAAUUGCAUGAGGUACAAUGUAUAUUUUUGUUCUUCAGAGGUAGAGAUGUUUACCAGACUUGUUUGUCACCAGCCAUUGACAACCAGCUUGGAACAAUUUUGGUUCACUGAUCCAUAACUUAACAGUUAACGAGCUAACCCAGCCCUGCCCUCUACAGUAGGCCUACAACGCUACAUCACAUCCUUUUCCUCCAACCCCAAAACCUCCCCUAAACCAGGCUAACUCACUGCAUUCAAGUCAGAACUGACCUUUGCUUAUAAUAACAAUGAGCGGUCCCACAAAUUGCAAACGGAAAUUGCAACAUGCAGAUGGUUAAAGUGUUUAUGUUAAGUCUAAAGAGGAGCGUGCUUCUCUGAUCAACGUGAUACCUAAGCAAACUUCAUCAUGGUUCUGACUCAGGCAGGCAAUAAUCUGUAGAAAGGUCAUAAUUUACUCCCUGCCUCCUCCCCGUCUCUGCUCAGACUUUAAUUAUUGGAUGGAGUUAAUAAAGGAGAGCGUUUAUUUUCAGCUGAAAGCCACUUAGUUAUGCAUAUUAAUGUGUCGAGAAAUAAGUGAGUGGGGGUACAGAUGCUCCUCUUCCAAUUUGGUCGUUAAAUGUCACAGACUGCGCUGCAGUUACUGUAGUCACCUACUUAGAAUUGGAAAUGUGGAUUCCGGCAUUGAACUCCAAAUGAAAGGUGCUACAAAUGGCUUUGGAUUGAUAAGACAGGUUAGGCUUAUUGACUUUACUGAGUCAUCUUAAUUAGUAAGUUUUUUUUGCUUUUGCUGAUUAUACAUUUUUAUUUGACUUCAAGCAGUAACAUGUUUUAUGGCAAUAUGCUGCACAUAGAACAUUACUGUGUCGAGCCAUUCAGCAGGAUUAAGCUUAUAUCAGUAUAUCAAGGCACACUGCAAAUCAAAACUCAAGUAAUGACCAUAUCAAAUCAAAUCAAUUUUUAUUUGUCACAUGUGCCGAAUACAACAGGUGUAGACCUUACAGUGAAAUGCUUACUUACAAGCCCUUAACGAACAAUGCAGUUUUAAGAAAGAAUAACCUAAAAAAAAUAAGAAAUAAAAGUAACAAAUAAUUAAAGAGCAGCAGUUAAAUAACUGCUUUACAUACACUACCGUUUAAAAGUUUGGGGUCACUUAGGAAUGUCCUUGUUUUCAAAAGAAAAUCAUUUUUUUUGUCCAUUAAAAUAACAUCAAAUUGAUCAGAAAUACAGUGUUGAUAUUGUUAAUGUUGUAAAUGGCUAUUGUAGCUGGAAACGGCUGAUUUUUAAUGGAAUAUCUACAUAGGUGUACAGAGGCCCAUUAUCAGCAACCAUCAGUCCUGUGUUCCAAUGGUAUGUUGUGUUUGCUAAUCCAAGUUUAUCAUUUAAAAAGGCUAAUUGAACAUUAGAAAACACUUUUGCAAUUAUGUUAGCACAGCUGAAAACUGUUGUGCUGAUUAACUCUUCGGAGUCUGGAGCUUUUUUGGCCGUUUUUGGGUACCUUCAAUUUUGCCCUGAUAUACUACAUAAAGAAAUGUUUACCAGACCAAUGUUGGGUAUCUUUUUUUUCAGCACAACCUCACCUAUAUGAUCUGUUAGUAAGUUUUUCACUUUGACAUACUAUUUCAACACACUGGACCCAAACACACACAGAAAACACAAAGUCCGUUUAGAAAAAAUAUGGUUUUUUUAUUGUAAAACCCUCAAACAUGGUGAACCAAGCAUUUAAAAAGCUUCAAAUUGAACCACAAGGUGCAAAUAUGAACAUAUAAAAGUAUUUUGGUGAUAUAUACAAGCAAUAAAUAACUAUUUACAAUAAAAAGUAGGUAUAACCACUGGCGUUUUUCUUCUAUUCUAACCCUAAACCUUUUUGUGCCACUCCUCAAAACAGUUUCUGUCCAAAAUGAAAAAAAAAGCUUCAAAUUGAACCACAAAGUGCAAAUAUGAACAUAUAAAAGUAUUCUUGAGAUAUAUACAAGCAAUACACAACUAUUUACAAAAAAAGUAGGUAUAGCCACUGGCCUUUACCCUAUUUGUGCCACUCUUCAAAACAGUUCCUGUCCACAAUGACACAGAGAGCCACAUCACAGGCCUUGCACUUCCAUGGUGUGACAAACCUCUUCUUGUCAACUUGUUUACAGCGUUGACAAACCCUGCGGCCUGCUGUGGCUUUGUCUUUGGCCUCUGCAACAUUGGCAAUGGCCACAGGAACAUGGCUGGUGCUACUAACUCGUGAAAAACUCUCCAAAACUACUCAUGAACUGAACUAAUUCCUCUCGUUCGUUCUUUCGCAAUGGCUAGUUGUCAUGGGAAUGAAUGUUUAUAUACUCGUGUGCAUCCUGAAGAACCGGGUUAGCACAAGCACACGUUUUUUUCCGUUCCUUUUUAUCACAAAAGACGACAAAGUUAUUAUAAUAAAUGCAAAGCGCUCAUAAAAGAGCGCAUAUUUUGACGCACUUUUUUCAUGGAAUUGAAAUUAUCAUAACUUUGGUUUUAGUUGGUGUAUUUACAUGAAACAAACACUCAAAACGUAGCUUCGGGUCUCCAUUUCUGCAUGAAAUCGACGGCAGCCCUCUGCGUCACUUGGUUUGGAUGCUGCGCGGUCCUAAAGCCGGCCCGCGAUUUGAACGCGCCGAAGCGUUCGCCGACUCGGAAGAGUUAAAGAAGCAAUAAAACUGGCCUUCUUGAGACUAGUUGAGUAUCUGGAGCAUCAGCAAUUGUGGGUUUGAUUACAGGCUCAAAAUGGCCAGAAACAAAUAACUUUCUUCUGAAACUCGUCAGUCUAUUCUUAAUCUGAGAAAUUAAGGCUAGUCCAUGCGAGAAAUUGCCAAGAAACUGAAGAUCUCGUACAACGCUGUGUACUACUCCCUUCACAGAACAGCGCAAACUGGCUCUAACCAGAAUAGAAAGAGGAGUGGGAGGCCCCGGUGCACAACUGAGCAAGAGGACAAAUACAUUAGAGUGUAUAGUUUGAGAAACAGACGCCUCACAGGUCCUCAACUGGCAGCUUCAUUAAAUAGUACCCGCAAAACACCAGUCUCAACGUCAACAGUGAAGAGGCGACUCCGGGAUGCUGACCUUCUAGGCAGAGUUGCAAAGAAAAAGCCAUAUCUCAGACUGGCCAAUAAAAAGAAAAGAUUAAGAUGGGCAAAAUAACACAGACACUGGACAGAGGAAAAAAGUGUUAUGGACAGACAAAUCGAAGUUUGAGGUGUUCAGAUCAAAAAGAAGAACAUUUGUGAGAUGCAUGGUGGUGGUAAAGUGGGAGAUUUGUACACGGUAAAAGGGAUCUUGAAGAAGGAAGGCUUUCACUCCAUUUUGCAACGCCAUGCCAUACCUUGUGGACGGCGCUUGAUUGGAGCCAAUUUCCUCCUACAAUAGGACAAUGACCCAAAGCACAGCUCCAAACUAUGAAAUAACUAUUUAGGGAAGAAGCAGUCAGCUGGUAUUCUGUCUAUAAUGGAGUGGCCAGCACAGUCACCGGAUCUCAACCCUAUUGAACUGUUGUGGGAGCAGCUUGACCGUAAGAAGUGCCCAUCAAGCCAAUCCAACUUGUGGAAGGUGCUUCAGGAAGCAUGGGGUGAAAUCUCUUCAGAUUACCUCAACAAAUUGACAACUAGAAUGCCAAAGGUCUACAAGGCUGUUAUUGCUGCAAAUUGAGGAUUAUUUGAAGAAAGCAAAGUUUGAAGGACACAAUUAUUAUUUCAUUAUUUCUAACCUUGUCAAUGACUACAUUUCCUAUGUAUUUUGCUAUAUGUCCUAUUCAAACUAAUUUCAUGUAUGUUUUCAUGGAAAACAAGGACAUUUCUAAGUGACCCUAAACUUUUGAAUGGCAGUGUAUAUUGAGUCUUUGGCAGACAUAAUCAAACAAACAAUGUGCAUCCAAGUCACAACUGUGGUGUAAUAGCAAUUAGGGAUAACAUAAACAAUAUACAGAGUUACCACAGCUGCUCUUCUAAGUUUUUGCCUUCUCUUCAAGAAAUGUCCAUAAGGUUAAGUGCAUUUGGAUACAGCAGAUUGUGUAUUCUUCACUAUAAAUAAUGUUGUUGCUGUUUACUCAUAAUGGACUUUUAAUUAGACCGUUUAGAUUAUAAAAGAGGAGACAUCUGUUCAUCAUUAAUCCUACUUCUGCUGUUUACAAUACACUUCAAAUGUUAUGUUUAUCACUGACAUUUCCACCCAGUAGGAAAUCACUCUGCAUACCAUUAUGAAUCUGUCAUACGGUAGUUGGUACAUGUUUAUGAUGCUCUGGGUGUAAUUCCAGGCGCGUCAAUUGGGUAUGGCAGUUCAACACCAACAAUUUAAAAUAGGCUACUAAAAUCAUUCCAAUCCCAAUUAAAAGGCAAAUGCAGUUUAGAGGUAUUAGUUUAUGAUUUUAGGACCAUGCAGAUGCAUGGAGCGGGAGGGAAGGCUGUUUGUAUGGCUGGCUUUAUGGAGAGCGCAGCUGCAGGGAACAGCGCAACUGUUUUUAAAACAGUGCGGAGGUAACGAUGGCUGUAGUAGAUGGCUUUGGCGAGGUAACUGCUGUUUGACUUGACAUGAAACUAGAGUUUUAAUCCAGGUGCUGAGCUAGUGCGUAGCAGCUAAUUAUUGUGUGACGUGUUUGUAGAAUGUAUAGCUUUGGGACACAACAUCGAGAGUCUGUGUAUUAGUUGGACUACCAGAGUUGUGAAUCGUUUUGGUGGGUUGCGAUGGAAAAUAACCCUACCACAAUGUAGCCGACUACACCAAAAAACACUUUCCUGUCAACAAAGAUAUAUGUAUAAUUUCUAGGAACUCUACUUACCAGACGUAAAGUGAAAUGUGUCCCUCGCUAUCAAAUAAACGUAUGAAUCCAACUUUUGUCAAGAAAGUACCAUAUUCCUGCUAUGUAGACAGUGGUAGGAGGUCUCGCGUGAAGUGUGUGGUCUAAUGUUAGCCUGCUGUCUAACUCAACAGGAGUAUUGAGCUGUUCGGACAAAAGUUGGAUUCAGAUGUUUAUUUGAUAGCGAGGGACACAUUUCACUUUACGUCUGGUAAAUAUAGUUCCUAGAGAUGAUACAUAUGCCUUUGUUGACAGGAAACUAUAUUUGAGUAAAUCCGGCUAUAUUGUGGUAGUUAUUUUCCGUCGCCAGCCACCAGAACGAUGCAAAUUGACUGAGGUUGAAAUGACGCCCCUGUGUAAUUCCGCAGUAAUGCUCUACUUUUUCAUUGUUGUCUCUCUUUCUCCCAGUCUGUGUUGAUAAUAACAUACAGGGAACCUGAUAAUCCAGAGUACAAACAGUUUCAAGAUGAGCUCCACAUUAGAGCUCAGAAGGACUUUGAUGUGAACAUUGAACCCUCUUUGGUAAGUUCUUUGAAAUCAUGCCACAUCUCAGCAUCAGAGCCACAAAGGUUAUUUGUUGAAAGGCUUUUACACUGUGUUUAAAAAAUAUAUAUAUUUCAAAGGAGCCGAGAGAGAUCAGAGUAGCAUCGGUAUUACAUUAAAGCAUUUUAGGCACUGUCAUAAAAUAGAUAAUUUACAGUGCCUUCGGAAAGUAUUCAGACCCCUUUACUUUUUCCACAUUUUGUUACAUUACAGCCUUAUUCUAAAAUUGAUUUUUUUUUAAACAUUUCCUCACCAAUCUACACACAAUACCCCAUAAUGACAAAGCGAAAAAACAAGGAGGAGGCCUACAAACCUGACUCAGUUACACCAGCUCUGUCAGGAGGAAUGGGUCAAAAUUCACCCAAUUUAUUGUGGAAGGCUACCCGAAACGUUUGACCCAAGUUAAACAAUUUAAAGGCAAUGCUACCAAAUACUAAUUGAGUGUAUGUAAACUUCUGAACCACUGGGAAUGUGAUGAAAUAAUUGAAUGCUGAAAUAAAUCAUUCUCUCUACCAUUAUUCUGACAUUUCACAUUCUUAAAAUAAAGUGGUGAUCCUAACUGACCUAAAACAGGGAAUGUUUACUACGAUUAAAUGUCAGGAAUUGUGAAGAACUGAGUUUAAAUGUAUUUGGCUAAGGUGUAUGUAAACUUCCGACUUCAAGUAAAUAGAGACAGCCAUAGACCCAUGCCUAUAGUAUGUCAAGGUAGAAUUCCAGGCAAAUAGUCAACGAAAUCAGUAAAUCAAUCAAAUGUUAUUUGUCACAUGCUUCGUAAACAACAGAUUAAAUGCUUACUUACGGGCCCUUCCCAACAAUGCAUAGAGAGAAAAUGAGAAAUAAUAGAAAAAUAAUAACAUGAGAAAUAAAUACACAAUGAGUAACAAUAACUUUAUUAUAUACAUGGGGUACCAGUACUGAGUCGAUGUGCAGGGGUACGAGGUAAUUGAGGUAGAUAUGUACAUAUAGGUAGGGGUAAAGUGACUAGGCAACAGGAUAGAUAAUAAGCAGUAGCAUCAACAUAUGUGAUGAGUCAAAUGCAAAAAGGGUCAAUGCAGAUAGGCCAGGUAGCUAUUUGGUUAACUAUUUAGUAGUCUUAUGGCUUGGGGGUAGAAGCUGUUCAGGGUGCUGUCGGACACACAAAAGCUGCAUGUGUUACUGAAGAUCAUGAAGACUACUCUCUUGCUGGCUUAUGUAUAGACCUCCAUUCCAUUCCUUUCAGAUGGAUUUCAUCGCUGGCUGCUUCUAUGAUGGCUUUGUGAUGUAUGCUAAGGCUUUGGAGGAGACGCUCGCUGAGGGGGGCUCCCAGAACGAUGGAAUCAACAUCACACAGAGGAUGCAAAACCUGCGAUUCUGGGGUGAAUAUUAUGAGUUGAUCAUGGUGCUGUUUUUAGUUGACUUUGCAUUCAUCUAUUUGGUGUCAAUUGGGAAAGAAAGAGUUGCAUUUGUUAUACCCAUUGUUGCAUUAUGACUGAUAUGAAAUGUCUAAAUGUGAAGGUUUUCUGUGUUUUAAGGGGUUACAGGACUUGUGACCACAGACAAAAACAAUGCCAGAAACACUGAUUUCAACCUCUGGGCAAUGACAAACCAGGAAUCUGGAGAGUAUGGGGUAAGUGAUACUUCUGCAGGUAGAUCAAUUUAAGCAAGACAUCUAAAGCUAUUUUAGAAGCCACUCACAGAAAGACACAACUUGCUAUUUUGUUUUCAGGCUUUGUUUUGCUGGCAAGUUAACUUUACAGGCAUUACAUUUUUUCUUAUAACUAUUCCAACAAGGACCAAUAGUUUAUAAACAUUACACAAUACAUUUGUUGCUAAUUUAACAUAGUGGUAGACAGUGCAUCAUUAUUUUAUACUGUUUCAAUUGUGGUCUGCACUGCAUCUCAUGGCUCUGAACAGUGAUUGGCUCAGAUAGACUGAUCACUUUGGCACCAUGAGAUUUGAGCUGCAUGUAAUGAUGUCAUGCAAAUAUGCUUUGAUGAGUGGCCAUAUGAUCACUAUGACAAAGGUCCCUUUAGGUUAGUUUUGAGUGUGAAUAACAAGAUAAUCAUUACGAGUUCUCCAAGUAAACAUUUGGCAUUAUCAAUAUGUGUUUUCCUAUGUGAACUUUCAAUAACAGUGUUCAUUUUCAAAUUCCUGCUUUUACAAUAUCCCACAGAGGUGAUGAGGGAUGCAUAUUAUUUUAAAGCAUCUUGUUUAUAGUUAUUGUUUAUGGCUCUAGCCAACAUUUCCAUAUACAUUUAUAUUUCAAAACAAAAAGAUAUGUUGUCAAAAGAUCAAUAUUUGCACUUUAUGAUUUUUAUAUUUUAUAUUUCAGUAGUAAACUCAGUGACAAUAAAUAAUAGUAAUGAGUGAGAGCAGUUCUUUCUGGGGACCAGUCUAAUCCGUUCCAGAUGUUCCAGUUGCUGUAAUUACCGUAACAAGAAUUUCCCUAGAAAUUCCUCUCCGCAUAGUGAAUUAUGUGGAGCUGAAAACCCAAUGCUUUGCUUGUGAAUUGCCAAUAUGCCAUCAAUGUAAUUAAAAGCAAAUGUUCAACAUCAUGCAAAGGCUAAGGGCUAUUACUGUUUGGGAGAUUCUGGAGUACAGUACUAUUUUAAUGAUAAGAUGUGUAAAAACCUAAAAUGUCCCUCAAAUUCAGAUGGAGAUAUUGGUUUAUCUUGUCUUGUGCUCUACAGACACUUCCAUGACUCUCUGAACUGUUCCAGAGUUGCUCUCUGGAGGACAAAAAUGUUACUGAUCGAUCAGAGUCCACUAACCUAACCAAAACUUCCCGAUGUGAAUAAAUAGCUGAUUAGAAAGACACGGUUCUAUAGAAACCAGCAACUAGUAAAUCCAUUGAUAACUGGUUGAGUUGAGUGGUCCUCCUGCUCCUCAACAAACUGUUACAACCUGCAGUGUUUUUACGUCCCUCUGAGUGGGGCUGCCCUUCCCCUUCACGGACUGGCUAGCAGGGAGGACCCAACCCAACAUGCCUGUCUGGCCCUCCACUAGGGAGGCAGGCUAAAUUGACAUUCUCCAGCGGCUGGUUAGAGACAUGGAAGUCAUGUUUCACAAUGCCCUUCUGUGACAAGGGAAGCUAUUGACUGGGCUGAGACAUGCCAUCGCAUCAAACAAUAAACCUCCCAUUGCUAGAGCUGAAAGGCCACUGUUUCUCAGACAACCUUUUCCAAACGGCUAAUUUGUCUGAAAAGUGCCAGUUCUGUUAAGUCAACAAUACCCUGUCUUGCUAUACAUAUUAGUAUAUGUUAAUGUUGAACAUUUUAGUCACAUAGUUAUUUAUUAUGGGCAUGCCCCAAAAAAGCAUGCCAAACAUUUGCUUUCUUCACUGAUAGGCUUAAAUGUUUAAAAGGCAUUGAACGAGAGUAGCAGCUAUUUUAAUAUGCAGCUUUAAUGCUACCGUGAAUUUAAACAGGCACUCAAUAUAAUAAUACUGUGCUGUGUGCUCUUUAUUUGAAGUGGGAGAAAAACGGCUCAUUUUGAUUACGUAACAUGCUCCAUUUUCAGUCCUCUGAAUGUAUAAUCUGGCCGUGGGAAUUUCUGCCAUCGAGUUUGUAAACAUUGCAUAAAUGUUUUCUUGAUGUUUUGCAGCUUGUGGCCCAUUACAAUGGAACUAACAAAGAGAUAAUCUGGUCCUCAACGGAGAGGAUUCAUUGGCCCAAAGGACGCCCACCUCUGGAUAACCCACCGUGCGUUUUCUCUUCUGAUGACCCCACCUGCGCUGUUGGUAGGUCAAGUAGGCUGGCUCCUGUACAAGUGAUUGAUGGUUAAGUCAGGGGCUUCUAGUAGUACAGCAGUUUGACUACAUCUGCUACAUCUCGUACCAUCUGUGUUGAUUCUAUUUCAUGUGCAACAUGGUUUUUCAUGGAAUGAACAUAUGGAUGAAAAAUGGGACUACUGUAGAAGGAGCAACACUUUUUAUGAAGUAAUAUACAGUGGGGGAAAAAAGUAUUUAGUCAGCCACCAAUUGUGCAAGUUCUCCCACUUAAAAAGAUGAGAGAGGCCUGUAAUUUUCAUCAUAGGUACACGUCAACUAUGACAGACAAAAUGAGAAUUUUUUUUCUAGAAAAUCACAUUGUAGUAUUUUUUAUGAAUUUAUUUGCAAAUUAUGGUGGAAAAUAAGUAUUUGGUCAAUAACAAAAGUUUCUCAAUACUUUGUUAUAUACCCUUUGUUGGCAAUGACACAGGUCAAACGUUUUCUGUAAGUCUUCACAAGGUUUUCACACACUGUUGCUGGUAUUUUGGCCCAUUCCUCCAUGCAGAUCUCCUCUAGAGCAGUGAUGUUUUGGGGCUGUCGCUGGGCAACACGGACUUUCAACUCCCUCCAAAGAUUUUCUAUGGGGUUGAGAUCUGGAGACUGGCUAGGCCACUCCAGGACCUUGAAAUGCUUCUUACGAAGCCACUCCUUCGUUGCCCGGGCGGUGUGUUUGGGAUCAUUGUCAUGCUGAAAGACCCAGCCACGUUUCAUCUUCAACGCCCUUGCUGAUGGAAGGAGGUUUUCACUCAAAAUCUCACGAUACAUGGCCCCAUUCAUUCUUUCCUUUACACGGAUCAGUCGUCCUGGUCCCUUUGCAGAAAAACAGCCCCAAAGCAUGAUGUUUCCACCCCCAUGCUUCACAGUAGGUAUGGUGUUCUUUGGAUGCAACUCAGCAUUCUUUGUCCUCCAAACACGACGAGUUGAGUUUUUACCAAAAAGUUCUAUUUUGGUUUCAUCUGACCAUAUGACAUUCUCCCAAUCCUCUUCUGGAUCAUCCAAAUGCACUCUAGCAAACUUCAGACGGGCCUGGACAUGUACUGGCUUAAGCAGGGGGACACGUCUGGCACUGCAGGAUUUGAGUCCCUGGCGGCGUAGUGUGUUACUGAUGGUAGGCUUUGUUACUUUGGUCCCAGCUCUCUGCAGGUCAUUCACUAGGUCCCCCCGUGUGGUUCUGGGAUUUUUGCUCACCGUUCUUGUGAUCAUUUUGACCCCACGGGGUGAGAUCUUGCGUGGAGCCCCAGAUCGAGGGAGAUUAUCAGUGGUCUUGUAUGUCUUCCAUUUCCUAAUAAUUGCUCCCACAGUUGAUUUCUUCAAACCAAGCUGCUUACCUAUUGCAGAUUCCGUCUUCCCAGCCUGGUGCAGGUCUACAAUUUUGUUUCUGGUGUACUUUGACAGCUCUUUGGUCUUGGCCAUAGUGGAGUUUGGAGUGUGACUGUUUGAGGUUGUGGACAGGUGUCUUUUAUACUGAUAACAAGUUCAAACAGGUGCCAUUAAUACAGGUAACGAGUGGAGGACAGAGGAGCCUCUUAAAGAAGAAGUUCUGGCUCUCACAGGUCUGUGAGAGCCAGAAAUCUUGCUUGUUUGUAGGUGACCAAAUACUUAUUUUCCACCAUAAUUUGCAAAUAAAUUCAUAAAAAAUCCUACAAUGUGAUUUUCUGGAUUUUUUUUUCUCAAUUUGUCUGUCAUAGCCUCUCUCAUCUUUUUAAGUGGGAGAACUUGCACAAUUGGUGGCUGACUAAAUACUUUUCCCCCCCCACUGUACAUGUAUUAGCUAAUAAAUAAUAAUUAGGUAGGCCACUGCAAUGAGGUGAUAUGGUAUCUAUAGAUAAUGAAUGAGUGGGAGAGUGAUGAGAAGUAACAAUCUCUCCAACAAGUGGAGUCCAUCCACAAAUAAUGAUCUGAGUUGCGAGUCUGGCUGUCUCAGUGGUGUAGGAGGAAGACAGGAGGGAGACACUCAGGCACGAUGAUAUACUACAGUAUGCCUGCUGAACAAGGUUAAGAGGCAAACAGGAUCCUGCCUUGACUAGGAAUGACCUUCUGACUCAAUUAGCAUGAGUUUGACUGAAGGAGAACUGUAAUGGAGCCAGGCAGAGGGUCAGUUAAAUGAGGAUGGUUGAAAAAGGCACAUUUGAUGCAGCAAGUUGUGUGUUACAUAUAUCUUCAAGAUGCCAAUUUAGGCAUGUGAGCUUAAUUUAGGCCAGUGUGAGCUUAAUCUAGGCUAAUAUGAGCUUAAUGUAGGCCAGAGUGAGCUUAAUUUAGGCUAGUGUGAGCUUAAUUUAAGCCAGAGUGAGUUUAAUUUAGGCUAGUGUGAGCUUAAGUUAGGCCAGAGUGAGCUUAUUUAGGCUAGUGUGAGUUUAAUUUAGGCUAGUGUGAGCUUAAUUUAAGCCAGAGUGAGCUUAAUUUAGGCUAGUGUGAGCUUAAUUUAGGCCAGAGUGAGCUUAAUUUAGGCUAGUGUGAGUUUAAUUUAGGCUAGUGUGAGCUUAAUUUAGGCCAGAGUGAGCUUAAUUUAGGCUAGUGUGAGCUUAAUUUAGGCCAGUGUGAGCUUAAUUUAGGCCAGUGUGAGCUUAAUUUAGGCUAGUGUGAGCUUAAUUUAGGCUAGUGUGAGCUUAAUUUAGGCCAGUGUGAGCUUAAUUUAGGCUAGUGUGAGCUUAAUUUAGGCUAGUGUGAGCUUAAUUUAGGCUAGUGUGAGCUUAAUUUAGGCUCGUGUGACCUUAAUUUAGGCUAGUGUGACCUUAAUUUAGGCCAGUGUGAACUUAAUUUAGGCCAGUGUGAGCUUAAUUUAGGCCAGUGUGAGCUUAAUUUAGGCCAGUGUGAGCUUAAUUUAGGCCAGUGUGAGCUUAAUUUAGGCUAGUGUGGAAGUACAAUAAGUUAUUUUUUGGAAAACAGUCAAAAACAGUCAACAACUUCGGUAGUACAGACCCCCAGAAAUCGGCCAAUCGCCCUCUAGUGGCAAAAGUAAGAACUGCUAAAAAUGCACAGUCAAAGAGGAGAAUAAUUAUUCUGGCAUACUAAGAAAAAAGAGCCGUGACACAGUGUGUAAAUGAUAAGACAUUAGUGCAGGAAAUGAAGAAGUUGAUUAAAAUGCUUUAAGUGAAUGCUGGAAUUAAACAAUUAACUAUGCAAAUAAGCAAAAGCUGUGUGCAUUAAGGAAAUAGACGCCUGGCUCAAAUAGAAGCCUGUCUCUAAUAAGUGCCUGUUGUGUUCAGUGAUUUAAGCAAAUAAACGCCCGGGCUAUUAAUUGAAGUUUUACGGUACCCAAAUACAGAAUAUAUUCAUUUCAAGAAAGCAUUGUGGAGUUUUGAUACUAUUGAUUUUUGAAAGCAUAAUUUGGUUUUGAAAACAAAUAUUAUAAAUCUUGAAAUGUUAAUAAAAUGAGAAAUGUUACAUUGCUAUGUUUCCCUGUAUUUUCAGCUCAUCUUCCAGUGCUGGGGAUUGUAGCUGUCGGGUCUGGCUUAGCCCUCAUCAUUUUUGGAAUCUCCAGCUUCCUCAUUUACAGGUGAGUUGUUUAGUUCAUUCAGGCUUGUGCUCUGAAGACCAAGCGAGUGAAAUGAACAUAUUUCAUCUUGGAGAGAGGGAGGGAGGGAGGGAGGGAGGGAGGGAGGGAGGGAGGGAGAGAAUUUAUGUGUUUCAAAGAGGAUCAUUUUUGGAAUCUCCAGCUUCCUCAUUUACAGGUGGGUUGUUUUGUUCAUUCAGGCAUGUGCUCUGAAGACCAAGCGAGUGAAAUGAACAUCUUUCAUCUUGGAGGGAGGGAGGGAGAGAAUUGAUGUGUUUCAAAGAGGAUAUAUUAGGAGCACAACUAUAGGUGCCAGCAUGAAAUUGACAUGAUUGUUGCCAGGAGCAACCACUCAGCAAGUGAUGGUGGAAAAGUAAAGCAGAAAAGUAUGUCAGUUGCCAAGGUAAACUCAGUUACACUACCUGGCCUAAAUAUUUGAACGCCUACAUAGUUACGCUCACAUAAUAGUCAUUAACACGUUCCUUUGUUAUUAUUCUUUACACUGAAUGUAGAUGGAGACCUUUGCUUGAUCUCCAAUCGCAUUCUAUGAACUUUGCUAUGAACCUGUUUGUGAAAUGAAAUAGAGUUGCAGUGAGCUUUCUGAAAUAAGUUAUAGUUUUUCAUAAUUGGCUUUUUAAAUUGCGGAGGCUAGAAACACCCUCAUGUGCUUGUGCAUCUGCUGGAAAAAUUAUUGGUCCUCUCAACCCUGUCUUUGUAGAGCCGGGGGCUGCAUUCGGUCUUCAACAAGGUCCGGAGGGCCGCUCUGAAAAUGGGUUAUAUUUCCUCACCGUCAACAUUAACAAAAAACAAUCCUAUAUCCAUAGUUUCUGGAAUUUUCGAAGCUGCCUGAAUGUCUAGCUUUAAUUUCUGGGAUUAUUAGUGAGCUGGACACAGUCAAGGAAAUAUAUGUUCAAGGAAAUAUAUAUUCAUUUCUACUCUGUUUCGAUUUGGUUUUAGUCAUUUUAAAGUAUAUUGAGUUCGUUUUCCCAAUAUUUAUUUUACUCAGACUACCCGUGGGCCGGAUAUUUGACACCCCUUAUCUAGAGCGACAUGUAAAUGUUCGCACAUGCUCUUUAUGCAGAUGGAGUUUUGGCAGUAAGUGAAUGCAUCUACUGUCACCCCUAAUAUUGAUGUUAAUGCUGUCAGUCACAGGUGGAACACUGAUAUUUCAUAUCAAUCAUGUUUAAUAUCAAAACAUUAAUUGGCCUCCCUCUAUUUGCCAGGAUUUUAAUGACCAAAUCUAUAUAAUUACUUCUCACAGUUAGUUACUUAAAAAGGUAUUCCUCAGGAAAUAGAGACAAUUGCAUUUUUGGAAAGUGAAACAUAUGUUUGGGCCAUUGGCUUUAUAUGAAACUCCAUGGUUUGGCUAUAUAGGGUUCUCUUAUAGGGGUUGUGAACAAACACAUUUUCUCACAGAUGUCACAAUUUGCGUGAUUUCCUUCCAUGUGUAUCUUACAACAUUCAAAGAAGGGUCAUCUUGGCUUUCUAAUGAAGAAAUGUGUGUAAAGUGUUAAGGGAUGUUGAGCAGAACCUACUACUACUAGGCUCUGUAGUUUAAUGGAGGGUUGGUCCAGCAAAGGUAUUCACAUAUGGGAUUUAUGAAACAAUAGAGCUAGUGUGGAGCCCCACACUUUGGUGCUGCGGCUGCCAGACUGCAAACGAAGGCCUUUAAAUAGAAAAAUACUUUUUAGGGGAGAGAGAAUUGGUUUAAUGGUGUUUCCUGCCCUGAAAGGUUGCGCCGCUCCCCAGCGAUGAUGUGACAUAUCCAUUCUUCCACACGGGCACAGUCCAGAGAGGUUAUACAGUUGAAGUCGGAAGUUAACAUACACCUUAGCCAAAUACAUUUAAACUCAGUUUUUCACAAUUCCUGAUAUUUAAUCCUAGUAAAAAUUCCCUGUCUAAAGUCAGUUAGGAUCAACACUUUAUUUUAAGAUUGUGAAAUGUCAGAAUAAUAGUGGAGAGAAUUAUUUCUUUCAGCUUUUAUUUCUUUCAUCACAUUUCCAGUGGGUCAGAAGUGUACAUACACUCAAUUAGUAUUUGGUAGCAUUGCCUUUAACUUGUUUAACUUGGGUCAAACGUUUCGGGUAGCCUUCCACAAGCUUCCCACAACAAGUUGGGUGAAUUUUGUCCCAUUCCUCCUUAACAGAGCUGGUGUAACUGAGUCAGGUUUGUAGGCCUCCUUGCUCGCACACGCUUUUUCAAUUCUGCCCACAAAUCUUCUAUAGGAUUGAGGUCAGGGCUUUGUGAUGGCCACUCCAAUACCUUGACUUUGUUGUCCUUAAGCCAUUUUGCCACAACUUUGGAAGUAUUCUUGGUGUCAUUGUCCAUUUGGAAGACCCAUUUGCGACCAAGCUUUAACUUCCUGACUGAUGUCUUGAGAUGUUGCUUCAAUAUAUCCACAUAAUUUUCCUUCCUCAUGAUGCCAUCUAUUUUGUGAAGUGCACCAGUCCUUCCUGCAGCAAAACCCUUUGCAUGAUGCUGUCACCCCCGUGCUUCACGGUUGGGAUGGUGUUCUUCGGCUUACAAGUACCCCCUUUUUCCUCCAAACAUAACGAUGGUCAUUAUGGCCAAACAUUUCUAUUUUUGUUUCAUCAGACCAGAGGACAUUUCUCCAAAAAGUACAAUAUUUGUCCCCAUGUGCAGUUGCAAACCGUAGUCUGGCUUUUUUAUGGCGGUUUUGGAGCACUGGCUUCUUCCUUGCUGAGCGGCCUUUCAGGUUAUGUCGAUAUAGGACUCGUUUUACUGUGGAUAAAAAUAAUUUUGUACCUGUUUCCUCCAGCAUCUCACAAGGUCCUUUGCUGUUGUUCUGGGAUUGAUUUGCACUUUUCGCACCAAAGUACGUUCAUUUACAUUUACAUUUUAGUCAUUUAGCAGAUGCUCUUAUCCAGAGCGACUUACAUGAGCAAUUAGGGUUAAGUGCCUUGCUUAAGGGCACAUCGGCAGAUUUUUCACCUAGUCGGCUCGGGGAUUAGAACCAGCGACCUUUCGGUUACUGGCACAACGCUCUUACCCACUAAGCUACCUGCCGCCACGUUCAUCUCUAGGAGACAGAAUGCGUCUCCUUCCUGAGCGGUAUGACGGCUGCGUGGUCCCAUGGUGUUUAUACUUGCAUACUAUUGUUUGUACAGAUGAACGUGGAACCUUCAGGCGUUUGAAAAUUGCUCCCAAGGAUGAACCAGACUUGUGGAGGUCUACAAUUUAUUUUCUGAGGUCUUGGCUGAUUUCUUUUCAUUUUCCCAUGAUGUCAAGCAAAGAGGCACUGAGUUUGAAGGUAGGCCUCGAAAUACAUCCACCGGUACACCUCCAAUUGACUCAAAUGAUGUCAAUUAGCCUAUCAGAAGCUUCUAAAGCCAUUACAUCAUUUUCUGGAAUUUUCCAAGCUGUUUAAAGGCACAGUCAACUUAGUGUAUGUAAACUUCUGACCCACUGGAAUUGUGAUACAGUGAAUUAUAAGUGAAAUAAUCUGUCUGUAAACAAUUGUUGGAAAAAUUACUUGUGUCAUGCACAAAGUAGAUGUCCUAACCGACUUGCCAAAACUAUAGUUUGUUAACAAGAAAUUUGUGGAGUGGUUGAAAAACAGGUUUUAAUGACUCCAACCUAAGUGUAUGUAAACUUCCGACUUCAACUGUAUAUACUCAUGGGCACGCAACAAAUAAUGUUACACAAAUCAACAAACAAUCUAGUUUUUAUCUGGCUUUUGAAUUGACUAAAAGUAGCUGAUCAGACUUACUUAGUAAUAAAAGGCUUAUCUUGUAGUUCUUAUGUUUCGUACAACCUAUGUCUUUUUUAGACAUUUCUGAAUUUAAACACUCCUUAGUCCUUAGUCAAGGAGUCACUUGAAAGCCCAGUACCUUUUGUUUUCUACUCUGAACGGGCUACUCUGGAAUGCAGGGCAGGAAGUUGGUUCCUGUGCGUACACAUCAGGAACAGCUCCAAGUCUUCAAUGUUAAGACCCAGCAAAAGGAGGAUGGGAGUUAAGAUUAGAAUGAAUGGUGGAUUGUCCACUGUGGGUGAAAAUCCAGCACUUGCAGAAAGAGGAAAUUAGGAAUAUAUUAAUAAUUAUUUAACUACAUGUACUGUACAUGUGAGCGGAAAUAGCUGUAAAUAGCAGUAGAAGUAUUGUUGUCCAUUAGUUUACUCCAAUCAGGGUAGGGAUUGUAGGAUUGACUUGAACAUGUGUUCUAGGGUAACAAAUAAUGUUCAAGUCAAUCCUACAAUCCCUACCCUGAUUGGACAACAAUACUUAUACUGCUAUUUACAGCUAUUUUCACUGUAUGGUACAUGUAGUUAAAAUAAUUAUUCAAUAGGUGGCUCAGCAGAGGGGUAAAAUCCAACGAUAAGCAAACGCUGCAAUAAUCCACUUGCACCAUCUGGAAGUGUCUUGCACCUUUUAGACUGACCUGGAAUGUGUGGCCUCUGAUCUUUUUCCCCUUCAUUUUCAACGUAUAAAACUAAUAACGAUUUCUUCCUCAAAACGCUCACAUUCUUACCAUUGAAGCCAUGCUUGAACAUGGACUUUUUGCAGCAAAUCGGUGAAUGUUGAGAAACACCAGGUCCUGAGAGAUCUGCACCAGAUGUGUUUAUUCACUUGGAUAUUUUUUUUCACGUCUCUGAGUGACUGCCAGUUAUACUGAUGUUUAAAAAAAACACCAGGAAAAAAAAAAAACAUCCAGACAUCAGUGACCUGGAAAUUAAAAAGUCAAUACAUUUUUUAAUGGUCUAUUUUUGGUCACACAGUAUUUAGUUUUGUUCUGGUAACUUACAGUUUGAUCAGAAUCGGGGAGGUAGCAUUGUAACAUUACAUCAUUACAGGAGUUAUUAUUCAUGAUACCACAACUUCAUUUUGAUGAUUUUUCAUAGAGCUGUGGACAGUUCAAACUAUACCCUCUGUCAGUGUUAGACUGCUGAAACCAAAUCAUUCACUUACUGCAUUUAACGGAUAGUAUCUGAGGGAAUACCACUGACAAACGAUUAAUAUCUAAUUUGAAAUGGAAGGUUCAAUUAUGUUGAAAGAUCAUAACAGUAAUGAUUCUGUCAUGUUAGACCAAUCUGAUAACAAAAAUGUAUGCAUACUAUAUCUACAUGCAAGAGUUUUCAGUUCUGUGCCUUUGUUGUAAACCCCUUUACUAAUGUGUCCUCCUGCUGUUCCUGUUGAAGGAAACUGAAGCUGGAGAAGGAGUUGGCUGGAAUGCUGUGGAGGAUAAAGUGGGAGGACCUGCAGUUUGAGAGCCCCAACAAAUAUCCCAAAAGGGCAGGCAGCCGUCUCACCCUCUCACAGGUACAUUUGUCUCUGAAAUAUCCUGUCAAGACUCAAGAGUUCAAACCAAUUAAUUAUCUGUACUAUGUUGUUUAUUAGUUGUUCAGAGAGAUAUCAUAUUAUGACAUGCUGGCAGCCUUAAACAUUUCCUCACAAUUUGAUCUUAAUAUUGUUUUGAUUUUGUCACUGCCAUGCACUGCCAUGCGUUGGAGAUUAAAACAUUGUUGUUUCUCUAGCAAAUUAGAAUGCCAUUUAAGCCCGUGGGAAAGGAAAAGCUCAACAGAUGCAGUUUAUCUUGCUAAAACCUCUCUACAGUAUCACUGCUCCCUCUCUCAUUGCUUUGUUUUUAAAGCAUCUUUGAGAUUCUCUUUGUAAUGAAAUGUGGUUUAUAAAAUACAUUUACAUUUUUACAUUUAGCAGAUGCUCUUACAUCUAUUCAUACAUCUAUUUUUAUUAUCUAUUAUUAUUUUUCAUACAUCUAUUAUUAUUGUUAUUAUUAUUAUAUGCAACAGAGGAAUAGAUAUCUGUCUCUGUGGUACAAUUAAUGACAGUGUUGUUUAAUAGCACACAAAAUGUGCAAUAACAACACUGGCAUUGAAAUGUAUCUAAUGUGUAGUUACAUGUUGGUGUCUGUACAUACAGUAUAUGUUUUGCAUUGAGAGAGAAAAAGAGAAAGACGAGCCAAAUCCUUUGUUAGUUUCAACAUUCUUGAAAGUCUUCCCGGUGGUUUAUUGAAGGUGGCUGGGUUUGCGGUGGCAGACACAUAUUAAAUGAUUGUUAAAAUAAUCUUACAGUACACACGUGCAGGCAUUCAUGCAUGCACAUGCACACACCUUCUUCAUUACAAGCUUUCAGUCCAAUUCCUGGGAUAAUAGUGUGGAAAACACGUUGAUUUUCCAGACCAAUUUAUUUUCCAGUAUGCCAUGUGUUGCCAGUAUUUACAUUAUCUAAAAAUGUGUAGUGCAUGCUGACACUUAAUACAUUACCCUCACUCCCUUUUCAUUCACGCUGUGUACACCGUUACUACACGUACGUCUCCCCAAGAUUCUGUUUUGCGUAUGAAAACAGCAAUUCUUCAUUUACCUGGCAAAUAUACCCAUUGCGCUUACAUAUGAAUAGAAUGUUGAAGCUAUUGCUAAGAACUGAACUGAAUUGUAUAAGUGAACAUUGUAUAGUUGUAUAUGUAAUGAUAACUGAACCUAACUGUAGUGUACCUGAACAUACCUGAACAUUUCUCUGACUGUAUCUUAUCUGACAAAGGAUACUUGUUACUCCUUCCAGAGAGGUUCCAGCUACGGCUCCUUGAUAACUGCCCAUGGAAAAUAUCAGCUAUUUGCUAAAACUGGCUAUUUUAAGGUAAGGCUUUCUGAGUUCUGACAUUUUCAACUCCUGCUCACCCACAUAUGUACAUGCUCACAGGGGAGGUGGAGAGGAGAGUGGGCGAGCUUCGCACAGCUCAGCUGGCUGGUUUUAAUGUGAUACACAGUGUGGUUCACACCUCGUCUGGACACAGCCAGCAACUUGUUGUUGUUGUUGUUAAUGUCUCUUUUUAAUGAGUCUACUGAGAAGGUGGAGGAUUAUGUGAGAAACGUCAGGCUUUGAAUGUUGAGACGUGGUUGUUGGCUACAUGUAACACGUUUGGGUUUUCUCUAUUAAACCUAUAGGAAUAUAUCCCCUGCUAUAAAGUAUCCAAAGCAUUAUAUUUUCUCCCUUUGUCUAUUUAGAAUUCACACUUUGAUUUUGAUGGUGAGCUGCUCAAUUGCUAUAUUCAUCCUAUUGUGCCUAGCAGUCUGUCAUGUACUGUGUCUCCCUGGGUUUCUCUCGCUUCUCUACCUUCUCUGUAGAUUGACUUAUCGUCCCAUAUCAAAGUAACAGAUAUAACACUCCAUCUCGGUAGCAUAGAAUACAUGUUAAAUAUACCUGGCACACAGAUACCUUACUCUAUUAAAGGAACACUAUAGUACACCUAUUUUUCCUCAUGUUGUCCCCUUUCCCUUCCUUCCAAGAAUUCAGUGAAUAAGAAUGGAAUAUGUCAAUGUUCCCAUGUCCUUUCUUUCAUUAUUUUCCUACAAUGAAUGGAUGCCUGUCUAUCACACAAAUCCCAAAGAUGGUCACAUUUAGUUCUCUGCUAUUGCUUUCUUACAGUCAUAGAAAUAUAAUAGAACACAUCUCUUUCAGUACACCACACAGUAGUCUGUCACUCAGCCUGCGUAGAAGGUUAUUCAUCUCGAUCUCUUUAUCUUGCUGUCUCUGUCUCUUUGACACAGGGCAACCUGGUGGCCAUCAAACAUAUGAACAAGAAUAGGAUAGAGCUGACCAGACAAGUGCUGUUUGAGCUCAAACAUGUAAGUCCAGACCAGUGCCAAAUGUUUUACUGAAUAUGUGUGCUGUUAUUACUCAACGUUAUUAUCAUAAAGUCUGGUGUGGUUGAACUCUUUACUGUCUCACUGCAGGGGUAUUCAUUCCAUAAGUAAGUGUUUUUUAAAGGAUUUAUCCAGCUAGAUGGUCCCGUGUGGCUCAGUUGGUAGAGCAUGGCGCUUGCAACGCCAGGGUUGUGGGUUCGAUUCUCACGGGGGACCAGUACGAAAAAAAGUAUGAAAAUGUAUGCACUCACUACUGUAAGUCGCUCUGGAUAAGAGUGUCUGUUAAAUGACUAAUAUGUAAAAAUGUAGUGGUAUUUUCCCUCUUAUACUUCAUUGAUGAUUUAGUGUUAUUGGCUACUAUAGAGAGUCCACUCACCUGAUUUAAACCAGUCGCUGAUGAAAAGACUAAAGCAGUAAACCCUUUGACCCUCCGGGACUAGAGUUGAAUGCCCCUGUCUAGUUCCCUGCAUCCUGUUGUUGUAGGCGAUCAUGUCUCUGUUUAUGACCCCUCUGCAACAGCAGUAGUAGAAUGAGUCUCUCCCACUGAGGUGGUUAAGCCACUGUAGACUUUGGGGGAUGUGAAGGGGAUGUGUACUGAAUCAUUACCAGGUUGUUCACAGGAGGGCCUCUUUCACUCUGCUGCAGGAGAUUUCUCAUUACUGAACCUGUUCUCCUGCUGCUGUUACAAAGACUCAGAUCCUCAAACGUCCUCCAACAUCCUCCAACAUCAGCUGUGGAUGAAGAAAAUUGUCUCCAUUUUGCGAAUUACAUUUUAUGAGACAGUGAUAAGGAAAUGGGGAAAAAACAACUAAUACUUGAAACACAAUGUGGAAAAGGCAAACAUUGUUGAAACUACUGAAAAGCCAGACGUCAGUCAGUGCUAUUAUCUGAUCUCUGGUUCUGUAUUAAUUGAGUUAUUAUCUGUGUUGGUGGAUAAGGCUCUGGGCGGGCUCUCUCUCUCUGUCUGUGUCUGAGCUGUGGAUGUGAGACGUGCGGGCCCUGGAUGCCUCUACUCAGCGGCGGUGGGCAGGCAGCGAACACAGGAGAGACAACAGUCUGAGCUAGCAGCUCCUCAGACGCCCCGGGGGCCUGAUCGGCUGUCAGGCCACCGCUCAUGAAAGAGCCAACCAGAUGGGGGAGAGAUGGGCCUGCCAAUGGAAACUUCACCGCUUGUCUUCCAGAGCCUCUCCUCCCCUCCUCCCUUAGCUAGCGUCCAGCAUGGGAAAUUAUAUAGGUCAAAGGGUAUGCUAACUUCUCCUGAGUCGUGAAACUGGAGCGACUGACUCCCAGGUUUUGAUGUUACAGUAGCUGUCACUCACCUCUGUUUGAAACGGCCCCAGACCAAAACACACUGUACAGGUUAUGCUCGCUGUUUGUAGAAGUUUCAUGCUGCUCAGAGAUAUUAUGUACGUCCUCCCUGCCAGGGCAUGGAUGUAUUGAAACCGAGAGGAUAUGUGGACUGGAUUCAAUUUGCGUGUCUCUUUAAAAGAUUCCUUCACUCUGUUGUUUAUACAUACACAGCAUAUGGAACUUUGAAAUACAGCGCUCACGGUGAUUUCCAUGACACGCCCAAACGUUAUUCAUAGGAUUUUGUUUUGUACAUUUUAUUUGACAUGAUUCAUUUAUGGACUAGAUCCCAUGUAGUGCAUUUACACGUUUGCCUGCUAUGCACUCAUUUUAUAUCCAGUACAUACUUUCAACACCUCCACAUUUUUUCACAUUCUGUGGACUUUCACAACACUGCCUCAUUCAUAACCUCUCUGCUCAAUUUAUUCACUGGAUGGCCUAUGAGUGAAUGCUAUACUCAACACGUAGAAAAGACACUGUGCCAAACCUGCUAGCUGUAAAUAGACUAUUCUGAUGAGGUUCUGUCGUAUUUGUUAGCUUUUCUAGAAAAGCAAAUCCAUAUUUUAGCAUCUAUUGCUAUAUAAUCUUGAGAGAUAUAGCUAGAAUGAUAUAAUGAUUGAAAUUCUAUUUGUUUGGUUACAGAUGAGAGAUGUGCAAUUCAACCAUUUAACCAGAUUCAUUGGUGCCUGCAUUGACCCUCCCAACAUCUGCAUCGUGACUGAAUAUUGUCCCAGAGGGAGUCUUCAGGUAAGACCUCACAAUCAUUACAUUUAAUGGAAUUUUAGUUGUAUUGCAUGUUUUGUCUAGUAUGACUACUUGGUCCAAUAUAAUAUUAAAAUGACUAUUCAGUGUUGUCUUACUAAUGGUUUAUUCAUUCAUACUCUUUCAGUAAAUGUAUGGUUUAAAAUGCCCUGACUGAGAGACAUUUGGAAACAUACUCUUGACUUUCAUGUUCAGUUUGAAAUGCCGGCCUGAUGCACUAAUACUAUUUAACUGUCAGAAAAGUAAGAAUGUGAAAUGAUGUUAAACUUUUAGCAAUGGCGCUUAUUAUGUGAAAACACUUUAUACUGACUCUUAUUGUAAAAAUGUGUUACUGUUUAAAAGACAGAUACAUGUGAUGUAGCAAGAUGACGCAUAUGAAUAGGAUUGAAGAAAGUGUUCUUUUACUUUUAGGACAUUUUGGAGAAUGAGAGCAUCAAUCUGGACUGGAUGUUCCGCUAUUCACUCAUCAAUGACAUAGUCAAGGUAUGUGUCCUUCACCUACUUACGCUCUAUAUUGUGGUAAAUAUAAAGGGAAUCCAUGUGUGUAGCCAGGUUACAUGUCGCUGUAAGAUAGCAGCCAACAAUACUAUGUUUGUAACUGCAGUUUGGUUGUUUUGUGGUCACAUGGGUAUUGGAAUCGAACUUCAUAUGACCUAAAACUUGGACAGCAACAUAAUCACAAUCUCACCACAAAAUUCCUUCCACUUAAUAAAAAGUCAUCAUCCAUAUAUUUUCAAUAGUUAUUUAUAGCCUGCUCUAACAAAGUUUUUUGUUGUUGUUGGAAAUCAAUAUCUUAGAGAGAUACUAUAUUGGUGAAGUACAUGGAUAAUGGAGUACACCAACCAAAUUGCUGUUAAAAUAACAGUCCUUCAAGCUGGCAACAACAGGGACCUUCUGACAAGCAAAAUAACCUAUAAGCCACAUUCUGAUACACAAGCGCCUGAAAAUAUUAGACGUAUACAUGAGAGUGCAGUAUCCUUUUGAGUCCCCGUAGAAAUAUUAUGCACAUUAAUUCUCACUAUAUAUUAAUACUAUCUGAGAUACCUACUGCAGCCCUCAUCCUCCACAUACAACACCCGUUCUGCCAGUCACAUUCUGUUAAAGGUCCCCAAAGCACACAUCCCUGGGUCACUCCUCUUUUCAGUUUGCUGCAGAUAACACUCAAACUGUACAGUUCCAUCUCUUCAUUCAAGGACACUCUUACUGACAGUUGUGGCUGCUUCUCGUGAUGUAUUGUUGUCUCUACCUUCUUGCCCUUUGUGCUGUUGUCUGUGCCCAGUAAUGUUUGUACCAUGUUUUGUGCUGCUACCAUGUUGUGCUGCUGCCAUGUUGUGUUGCUACCAUGUUGUUGUCAUGUUGUGUUGCUACCAUGCUGUGUUGUCAUGUGUUGCUGCCAUGCUAUGUUGUUGUCUUAGGUCUCUCUUUAUGUAGUGUUGUGGUGUCUCUUGUCGUGAUGUGUGUUUUGUCCUAUAUUUUUAUUUUUAAUCCCAGCCCCCGUCCCCACAGGAGGCCUUUUGCCUUUUGGUAGGCCGUCAUUGUAAAUAAGAAUUUGUUCUUAACUGACUUGCCUAGUUAAAUAAAGGUUAAAUAAAAAUAAAAAUAAUACCACAGGAGUUCCAAUGUGAAAUGUAAAACGACUGUACUUGAAACACUUCUAUGCAGAAUUGUUAUUACAUUUCCAUUUCGAUCAAACUCAAAAUACAUAUUUUCCACAUGAUCAGUAUGUGUUCAUGUAUGCUGUACUGUAGGAAUAAUGUAUUGAACGGUACAUUUCAUGCUUGCUCUGCCAGGGAAUGAACUAUCUGCACAACAGCUACAUCGGCUCCCAUGGAAAUCUGAAGUCAUCUAAUUGUGUGGUGGACAGUCGAUUUGUGUUGAAAAUUACGGAUUACGGACUGGCCAGUUUCCAUUCAUCAUGUGAAAACGACGACUCGCACGCACUCUAUGCAAGUAGGUCAACAUUGUCAGCGGAGGUGAUCACUUUGCCUCUUCACCAAUGGAAGAAAACUAAAUGGAGGAUUGGAUGGAGGAGAAGAUGUUCAGUGGAUAAUGUGAGUUUCUGUGUUUCCAGAGAAGCUGUGGACGGCCCCAGAGUUGUUGAUCUACGACAGACACCCUCCACAGGGCACCCAGAAAGGAGACGUGUACAGCUUUGGCAUCAUACUCCAGGAGAUAGCCCUGAGGAAUGGACCCUUCUAUGUGGAGGGCAUGGAUCUGAGCCCUAAAGGUAAAACGAAUUAUGCUAAUAAACACCAUUAUAAUGAAAUGUUGACAUUUGAGUCAUUUAGCAGAUGCUCUUAUCCAGAGAGACUUACAGUUAGUGUAUUCUUCUUAAGAUAGCUUGGUGGGGCAGCAACAUAUCUCAGUCAUUGUAAGUACAUAUUUCCUUAAUAAAGUAGCUAUCAGCAAAGUCAGUGCUAGUAGGGAAAAGAAAGGCAUGUGCGAGUGUUAGUUUAAGAAAGGCAAGGGUGCUGUGGGGUUAUUUAAGAUACUCUUUGUAGAUGGAGGAGUUCAGAAGUUUUCGGAAGAUGGGCAGGGUUGGGGUGUCGGGUUUGAGCAUAGCCUGAAGGUAGGGAGGGGCAGUUCCUCUUGCUGCUCCGUGGGCAAGUACCAUGGUCUUGUAGUCGAUGCAAGCUUCCACAUGGCUGACAUAUUGAACAAUCAAUUGAACAACAAGUAAUUACGUGUUGGGCAAUUCCAUGGUAACGGAAUUAUGCUUUGAUUCAGUUCUUUUCACUUUAAAAUGUAUGCCAAACAAAAACAUUGAUAUCAACUCUAUGCACAAGGACUACAACUCUAUGCACAAGGACUACUUUUAAGUUUCCACUGAAAAAAAACGUUUGUAGCGAAAUUACGGUAAAAUCUCCCUCAGAUCUUUAUGCAACCACGUUUUCCAAAAACUCUUAAAUAUUUGCAGAAUGGGUUGUCCGCUAUGACAUGGCACCUUGAGUUUGAAAAAAAUAUAUUUUGAUUAUUGAACUACAGUAAGUGAAGUGGAUUUACACCCGGUAACAGAAUGACGGUAACGGAAUUACAUCAUGGGUCCCUGAUCUGUACUACACAGAAAUGCAUAAUUAUGGAUAUGAAUGUUUGGACAUCACAGUAGAGUACAGUGCAGUACAAUACAACACAGCAGAGCAGUGUUCAGGACAGUAGAGUACAGUGAGAGAGAGAGAGAGAGAGAGAGAGAGAGAGAGAGAGAGAGAGAGAGAGAGAGAGAGAGAGAGAGAGAGAGAGAGAGAGAGAUAGUAGGAGAUAUAGAUAGAUCGCUAUAUUCUAUCUACUUCUAGAUCGAAUAGAUAUAUAUAUCUCUCUCCCUUCAUCGCGCGCUCUCUGUGAAGCGUCCUAUCUCUCGCUCUCUCUCGCUCUCCUCUCUCUACGAGAGAGAAUUCCAUUACCAAAUUCAUAUUUUUUAAAUCAUUCAUAAACAAAAUGUAUAUCAACAAAAUCACUAUAACUAACUGGUAGGUCUAAAAUUACUUGUUACUUCUGUGAAUUUUCAUUAUCCUCCCUCCUCAUGAGGGGGAGAAAUGAGAAAAUAUCUUAAAUAUAUGUGGGUUUUUGGUAACGGAAUUACAACGCACAAGGCAAUAUUUCUUACACUUACUGAAGGUAAACAAUUUCUCCAAAAUGAAAUAUACUGAACAAAAAUAUAAACGCAACAACUUCAAAGAUUUUACUGAUACAGUUCAUAUAAGGAAAUCAGUCAAUUUAAAUAAAUUCAUUAGGCCCUAAUAUAUGUAUUUCACAUGACUGGGAAUACAGAUGCAUCUGUUGUAGGGUGCGUGGAUCAGAAAACCAGUCAGUAUCUGGUGUGACCACCAUUAGCCUCAUGCAGCGCGACACAUCUCCUUUGCAUAGAGUUGAUCAGACUGUUGAUUGUGGCCUGUGGAAUGUUGUCCCACUCCUCUUCAAUGGCUGUGCGAAGUUGCUGGAUAUUGGCGGGAACUGGAACACGCUGUCGUACACGUCGAUCCAGAGCAUCCCAAACAUGCUCAAUGGGUGACAUGUCUGGUGAGUAUGCAGGCCAUGGAAGAACUGGGACAUAUUCAGCUUCCAGGAAUUGUGUACAGAUCAUUGUGACAUGGGGCCGUGCAUUAUCAUGCUGAAACAUGAGGUGAUGGCGGCAUAUGAAUGGCAUGACAAUGGGCCCCAGGAUCUCGUCACGGUAUGUCUGUGCAUUCAAAUUGCCAUCGAUAAAAUGCAAUUGUGUUUGUUGUCCGUAGCUUAUGCCUGCCCAUACCAUUACCCCACCACCAACCAUGGGGCACUCUGUUCACAACGUUGACAUCAGCAAACCACUCGCCCACACAACGCCAUACACACGGUCUGCAGUUGUGAGGCCGGUUGGAUGUACUUUUUAAAAGAUUGACAAUGGUUGAACAGUGUAUCUAUGCCUUCAUUUCCUCCGGUGGGGCUCAUGGGUCCUUUUAAAUGGAAAUGCUCUGUUGUGUCUGUCGCCAUUGUUGAGUCAAUUACUCUGUCACUUCAAAUACUUUAGGCAGCUUGCCUCCUUUUCAUCAUGACUCAAGUGCCAUUAUUUCCUCCUAGUCUACGUCAUCAGAGUUGGACAACUCCAGUCCUUGGCUUAAGGGCUGCAGUACUGCUGGUUUCAGUUCUCCCAGGGACUUAAGGGGCUUUCACACCAAAUUGCGUUUUUUCCAAACUCUGGUGCAUUUACCCCCUUAGUUCGUUUCGUUUGGACUGGUGUGAACACUCUAUCCGCACUCGGGAGCGCACUAAACAACGCACCGUGGUUCCCUCAAAAAGGGUGGUCCCGGUCUGAUUCAAUUCUUACCGUGGUGCGGUUUGCUGCAGGUGAGAACGCAGUCCAGACCAAAUACAGGAAAAUAACCAGAGUCGUGCAUUAUUAUUGGUUGUUUGACUGCGAGCAUUUGAUGAAAUGCACACAGCAUCAUCAAUUGAGAUCUCUGAAACAUUCUGUGAGUAGCAGUGCAUUUAUGAGAGCAUCCGAUGCAGAUUUGGGGAGACUGGGCUAUACUGAAUAUAGCCUAUUCACGUCGCAUUUAAAGCAGCUAUUGCACUGUUUUCUCACACAUGUUGUGAUGCGUCAUGUUAAUCAUAAAUGCAUUUUUGUCCAAUAAACAAAUUACUUGCAUGGAGAGGUUUUGUUUAAGAAUUUUAGUUAGACAUUUGGCAAUAUGAAACCAACCUGACCAAAUGAAGAAAUUAUAUUAUGUAACAAAUAUUCGAACUAUAGCUCUAAAAACUGUGUGAAAACGCCUUUAAUUGAUCGAUCAAUUUCACUGAUUUCCUAGAGAAUGCGGAACACACACACUAACACACACCCUAUCUUGUCUAUUACAGAGAUUGUGCAGAAAGUGCGAAAUGACCAGAGGCCUUACUUUCGGCCCACCACAGACAACAGCUGCCACUGUGAGAAGCUGACCAUCCUGAUGGACAGCUGCUGGGCCGAGGACCCCGUCGAGCGGCCCGACUUCAGCCACAUCAAGAUCUACAUCACCAAACUAAACAAGUGAGCACUGAGCACCGUUGUGCCCCAAAAUGGCUGCCAAGCUCAUCUUGUAUCAGAUACCAUGUAGAUAAUAUUUUAUUUUGAUUUAUUUUAUCAAGAUGUUUGAAAAAGAGAAUUGAAAAAGAGAAUAAUUGCAUUAAGUUGAUAUUAUCAAGAGAUGCUGGAAAAGGAUCUACUAUUAAGACUAAAUACAAUUGUGAUGUUUAUCACACACAAAUCAUUUCAGGUUAGAGUGAUAGGAAGUCUUCUCCCUCCAAAAGUCUGGGGUUUAUAUUUAUCUUGUUGUUUUUCAUGGCUUACGCUAUGCAUUAUUUAGAUGCAUAUUUUGGUUCAGUGGUGUGUGCGUUUAUGCAUGUAAAAAAGCAUGUUUUCCUUGAGCUGGGCAGACCUGCCACUGAGAAAUAUGUGGUCUACCUGCUGAUCAAAAGCUGGAAAACCUUCAAGAUGUACAGAUGAGGGACCUCGGUGACUAAGAAAACAAUGUACUUUAUGAGCUGUGGGAGGAAAUCAGACCCUGGUAUUUGCUUUGUCGCUGGAUUAAGCUUUCCUACAAUUUUCAGAUGUGCCCCAUUGGUGCAGAACUGUUUUGAUGUUAUUCAACGCUUCUGUAUUUCUUACAAGUACAAAGGCUUUUUUUUGUAGACUUACUCCUUUUGAAUUCUGACAGUUGUGACAGGGAGAUCACAACUAUGGUUACAAAGGUACUGGUAAUUUACCAAAGUUACCAGAAUCUUCAGAAAUAUUGGUAAUUAACAGGUAAUCUUUGUCAAUCUAUGGUAAUUUAUACUUGAAUAACUUUUUAUUUGUUAUUCAUAUAUAGUGUUCAUUUUUUUUUAUAUCUGUGUCCAUACUGUCCAUGAGUUUAUAGUGGAUAGACUAUAUGGUUCAUGAGAAAAUAGCCUAAUUAAUUUUUUUAAAGCAUCUAAUCAAUUUUCAAUUAACUCUACAAUUCUUUCAACUACUUUUUUCACAACUGCAACCAGUUUGGCGCCAAAACAUUUACAAGGAUAUUUCAUGCUGAAACCCUCAUAUUAAACACCAAUGGUAUUAACUAUAUAGGUUGAUGGUUUAUACAGUGCCUUCAGAAAGUAUUCACACACCUUUACUUUUUCCACAUUUUGUUGUGUUACAUCCUGUAUUUUAAAUUGAUUACAUUUAGAUUUUGUGUCACUUGCCUACACACAAUACUCCAUAAUGUCAAAGUGGAAUUAUGUUUUAAGACAUUUUGACAAAUUAAUUAAAAAUGAAAAUCUCAAAUGUCUUGAGUCAAUAAGUAUUCAACCCCUUUGUUAUGGCAAGCCUAAAUAAGUUCAGGAGUGUGCAAAGCUGUCAUUAAGGCAAAGGGUGGCUAUUUGAAGAAUCUCAAAUAUAAAAUAGAUUUGGAUUUGUGUAACACUUUUUUGGUUACUACAUGAUUCCGUAUGUUAUUUCAUCGUUUUGAUGUCUUCACUGUUAUUCUACAAUGUAGAAAAUAGUACAAAUAAACCCUUGAAUGAGUAGGUGUUCUAAAACUUUUGACCGGUAGUGUUAUUAGGUGAUGUUAACUGAAUAGAAAGUUCUGAUAUUUUUCAUUCAGUAUGGCUACAAAUGAAUGGGUAUGUCAUCUUUCUGUCUGUUUUCAACACAGGGAGGGCAGUACCAGUAUUCUGAACAAUCUGCUGUCCAGAAUGGAGCAGUACGCCAACAACCUGGAGAACUUGGUAGAGGAACGAACGCAAGCCUACCUGGAGGAGAAAAGAAAAGCAGAAAAUCUACUUUACCAGAUCUUGCCACAGUAAGAAUAAUAAUUAUUCCGUUUCAUCUUGCACUAUUAUCCUCAUUAUCAGUCUGAACUUCUGCUUAUCAAACUGAGAAAAUGAGGAGACUAUUUUCUGUAUCGUGCUGUGCCACCUAAUCAUUGUUCAAAUUCCAAGGCAUGAAAGAUACACAUUCACAGUUAAGCAGAGGAGAUGAAAGGGCAAGGCAAGAUGGGAGCUGACAAGCUAACUUCUCAUUAACCAGAACUAGGAGGAGAAAUGCGAUAGGAUGCUAAGCACCUCUGAUAACACGAAAGCAGCUAACGACAAGCCAUGUCCUCCAUCUAUUUAAGCUGUCUGUCUCAGCGCCGUAGUCAUACUCAUUUAUCCUCCCAUUGUCUGCCCAAAUGUCUCCCCCCAACUUUAAGCCAUUUUGACAGACAGAAAAUGGCCUGAGAGAACCGAGAGAUACCUUCUCUCACUGCAGAAUUCAGAUAAUUUGUCGUGGAUUAACCUAGCUGCUAGUGCUACACUGUGCCUUUGGCUCUUUACUGUACUUUAAAAUAUUGGUGAACAGGAAAUGAUACUGAUACUGGUAGAAUCUACUUAUAACUUCCCUUACUUAUUGUGGAUCGUAGCUGCCAAGCUUACUGUCACUGUUGAUUUAUAGCAAACGAUAACCUUAUCUCUUAAGCACUGUAUAAGCAUUUUGUUCAUUGUGGUUUUACUUACUUUGUGUUCUCUUGUCCACAGCUCAGUUGCAGAGCAGCUAAAGCGAGGGGAGACGGUCCAAGCAGAGGCGUUUGACAGUGUGACAAUCUACUUCAGUGACAUCGUGGGCUUCACGUCAAUGUCAGCUGAGAGUACACCACUGCAGGUAAACAAUUGUCAGUAGAGAUAUUCACUCCUAACCAACAACAGGUGCAGACCUUACACAGUAGCUAUCCUAUACCAACCAACAGCAGGAGCAAAUCCACAACAUGAUUUUGCACUUUGAAUCUUACUGUAUGACCAGUCAGUUUUGCUAAGUAAAAUGCACUCAAUAUGUAUUGAGUCAAAGUAUCAAUUCACCACGGGAAAUUAGAGACUUCCUGUAAACUCUUCCUCAAGACAUUUGAAGGUAGUUGACAAGGAAACUUGAAAAUAUGCUGGUCCAACAGCUCAUUAUUGGAAGAGAAGAGAAUAUGAAGAGGAAAAGUAGAGGAGCUUAUUUGUUACUUAUACCGACCUCACUCAUGCAGAGUCUAUUAGAGCACCUACCGUAUGUCUCAUAGUUACAAAUCAUUCCCACACAGAGGCCACAACUCAAAAUAGUAUUAUUAUGAGUAGCUGAGUUGACGCAUUGCUGAGUCACUGGGUCCUGUAGCUGCUAUGAAAUGUCUUCUCUCUCAUGAAGAAGAAGAUGAAGAUUUCAAGACCACUCAUAUAAUUGAGACUCCCUUCACAAGGGUCUAAAGUACUGUAUGAUGAAUGGCUGACGGGAUGGUUGUAAUGGUCUCAAUGGUUGUAAUAGUUUUAAGUGCAGUGCCUCAACAUGUUAUUUUCUACAGACAUUUUGGUUGUUCCGAAUUCUGAAAUUCAUCCAGAGGAACCAGGUUUUCUUCUUGAUGCAACUGAAUUCAGACAAAGUCUUACUGGAGUGUUUAUUCUAAAAUUGUAAAGACACGUCAGUCUUCAUAUCACAUCCAAUAACUCUGCAUGAGCGAUAGUUUGUACUUAGCGAGUGGUACACCCAAACUGAUCUAUUCUAUUUAUCCAGCAGAAGCUACUUACAAGUACAGUCAUACAUCUUACCUUUCAUCAAAUGUAUUUUAAUGUAGCUCAGAGCUAAGAAUCCAACCACUAGCUUUCAGUGGCGAUGUAUUGUGUGUAAUAUAUUCAAUGUCACUUAUAUUCUACGCACUUGAUUUUCAGGUCACAGGUCUAUUCAAUUAAGACUACAAAUCAGACGGUAUUCUUUCACAUUAGUGUAGCUUUGAGGUCUAGGUAUCUCACCUACCAGUUAGUGCUCUAUUUAAUUAAAAUAUAUAAUUAUAUUUAUCAAUUUUUCCCUAGAUUAAGUCGUAAUGGUUUAAGAAAUUAUGCUAAGCCCCUCUGAAACUUAAACUAGAACUAAGACUGUUUUCUGAGCCCCAUUUCUCUCUCCAUAAGCCACUGAAUCUCCUAACGUGACCAAUAGCCCCUCAAAGGAAUUACAAUAUACAAACAGUUAUUUGAUUAGCCCUCCUGUAGCUCAGUUGGUAGAGCAUGGCGCUUGCAACGCCAGGGUUGUGGGUUCGAUUCCCACGGGGGGCCAGUAUGAAAAAUGUAUGCACUCACUAACUGUAAGUCGCUCUGGAUAAGAAACACUUCAUAUUUUGAAUAAACAGCUGAUGUGUAUUACUCUUCAAAUUCCGAAGAAAUAUUGUCAAAAUUUGUUCCCAGUAUUUUAUCUGUUGCGUUGUUUUACUCAUGCAAGCACAUUUCUCAGUAAGCUGAGGUUCUGGGCACUUGUCCAAGGCGGGGGGAGCAGAAAUAUUUUAAUCUGACUGGGGAACCAUUGGAAGUUCAUGCAGAAACACAUCUCAGCCAAUCACGGGGGCAAACCAAAUGGAACAUGCCUCAUGAACACACACAGUGGAACUUAUUAUCUUUGCACACUAUCUUUGAAAUUGCUUUGUUUCACAAAUGUUUGCCACUAGCUGAAGAAGCAUUUCUAAAAUGGAGACUGAGGGAGCAGGAGGAUAACAGUUAUAUGGUUUAAUGGUGGUGUUUGCGAUUGUUUUACCCUUAAACCAUUGUUUCUAGUUUACCUGAGCACUGUAGCUAAAGUAUGUUUUUACUCUCCAUAGGUUGUGACAGUACUGAAUGAUCUCUACACUUGCUUUGAUGCUAUCAUCGAUAAUUUUGAUGUGUACAAGGUAAGUCAGGGUAAUCAUGUUUUGUAAUGUAAAUAUGUUUAUUUUAUAUAUAAUCUCCUGUUUCAACCUACUAACGUUUUGUUGUCAUGUAUAUCUGAGGUGGAGACCAUUGGUGAUGCGUACAUGGUGGUGUCAGGGCUUCCAGUCAGGAAUGGUCAACUACACGCAAGGGAGAUAGCUGGGAUGUCCUUAGCCUUACUAGAACAAGUGAAAACAUUCAAGAUUCGUCACAGACCCGAAGACCAACUACGGCUAAGGAUAGGAAUCCACACGGGUAUAAUUUCACAUGGAGUUUGAAAUGAUCGUUAAAAUGUCUUAUGUUUAACUACUGUUGGAAGCUAGAUGUUUGUUUUUUAACCAAUUGAAUUAAUCUGUGUUUUUGGGCACUGCCCAAUCCUACUCCCGAUCCUUGGCAUCCAUAUAGUUUCCACCCAAAACACCUCUAAUAAAUCAUACAAAUAUCAAUCUUUCAAUACCUCCUAAAUGUUACAUGAUCUGCCCUAGCCAAUGACAGUUUAUUUAAUUCUAUGACAAAUAACUUAAUUAUGUAAUGACACAAAAUGAUUUAUUGUAUGGUCAAUAGUUGGCUAGCUAAGAAGUAAUUUGUGAUUAUAUUGCCCACUAAUGUAUCCUGCCUCAUGAUUGCAUGGGGCUUUUGCUCAGUAAUUGUUAUAAACUGCUGUGAAUGGUUAUGACAGUUGAUGACAAUGUCUAGGUUUUAAGACAUACAAUAUUUCAGUUAAGAAAUCUCUGGAGAUAUCUCCAGUAGCUACAAUAUUUGGACAGGAUGAACAAAUACAAGCUGUAUUGCACGCAAAGGCCAAGCUUUGAGGGUUUUUUCAUAGUGCUUGGACACCAUUAUCUCAUGCAGGCAAUAUUUAUAUUCUUAUUCAAACACUUGAUGUGAACAUCAUAACUGAUAGGUCUUUAAAGAUUGUGUGUGGGAGGUGCCUGAUCCUGUCCUUGUGUGAAUACAUUGUUUCUGAGUUCAAUCAUAUUUGUAUCAUGCUUUUAAGUACACUAAACGUAUCAUGAGGUUCUGGUGAUGAAAGAAAUUGUUAAUCCAUCUACAGUAUGCUUUUCCAUGGCGUAUAUUUCCAGUAAAUUUCACUGCCUUUUGUUCUGUACAGGACCUGUCUGUGCUGGGGUGGUGGGUCUGAAAAUGCCCAGAUAUUGUUUAUUUGGAGAUACUGUCAACACAGCAUCUCGGAUGGAGUCGAAUGGAGAGGGUGAGUUUCAGAUUUGGAUCUCUGUUUUCCUAUUUUCUAUUUUGGUUGCCGUCAGCGCUUUAACACUUUAAACUAUUAAUAUGGAAAUGUUGCCGCAUGAUACAGUGUCACAUUCUGGAAUCCAGUUGGGACAAUAAUAUGAAUUACUACCUCAUCUCUGUACCCCACACAUACAAUUAUCUGUAAGGUCCCUCAGUUGAGCAGUGAAUUUCAAACACAGAUUCAACCACAAAGACCAGGGAGGUAUUCCAAUGCCUCGCAAAGAAGAGCACCUCUUGGUAGAUGGGUAAAAAAAAACAGACAUUGAAUACCCCUUUUGAGCAUGGUGAAAUUAUUAGUUACACUUUGGAUGGUGUAUCAAUCCACCCAGUCACUACAAGGAUACAGGCAUCCUUCCUAACUCAGUUGCCAGAGAGGAAGGAAACCGCUCAGGGAUUUCACCAUGAGGCCAAUGUUGACUUUAAAACAGUUACAGAGUUUAAUGGCUGUGAUAGGAGAAAACUGAGGAUGAAAUAUUGUACAAUCCAGGUGGGCAAAGCUCUUCGAGACUUACCCAGAAAGACUCACAUCUGUAAUUGCUGCCAAAGUUGAUUCUAACAUGUAUUGACUCAGGGGUAUGAAUAAAUUUGAUAUUUCUGUAUUUCAUUUUCAAUACAUUUGCAAAAAUGUCUAACAACAUGUUUUCACUUUGUCAUUAUGGGGUAUUGUGUGUAGAUGGGUGAGAAAAAAUAAAUAUUUAAUCCAUUUUGAAUUCAGGCUGUAACACAACAAAAUGUGGAAUAAGUCAAGGGGUAUGAAUACUUUCUGAAGGAACUGUAUGUUUCAGCUGACACAAACUAAGACAAUUAAGUAUUCAUUAUUUGCUGUUAAUUAUGUGGUAUUUGCUUGGAUUUGGAUUUUGUCUUUUUUCGUCUGUCGAGCAUUCCCUGUUGUAUUGGGCUUAUGCAACUGUGUUGUGAAAGACUGAUUUCCCGUCAUUAUUUGUCUUGACUAAAUCUGACUAAUGUCUUGUGUCUGAGAAUCCAUUACCAAAAAUUCUGGACUAGCUCUUUGCACAUACUUCCCUGUAAGAAACGAAGCAUCAAGGGAUAUGGGAUAUUUAUCAUCACAAAGCAACAGAGGGGAUGGCGGUUGUCAUCAUAGUUUAAGAGUGGUUAUCUGGACUGGUAUUACUGGCAGCAGUUCUUAACUGGUGUAGUGGUAGUGGGACCACUGGUGCUGUGUCGGCCAGGAUUCUUUGUGAGUGACUCAUCACAUUAUUGAUUAACCCACUCACUUCCUGCUCACUUCCUGCUGUGUGCUUUCACGUCCACUGAUAAAUAAUUAAUAACACUUAUACCCAUAGUGAUGAACUGUAUACCAUAAAAUAUCCUAUAGCGGUAGGAAUCACCUCUGGGACUGCACUGUCAACAACUGUUUCUAGGGACUAUUUCUACAGCACCAGGAAGAUUUCACUGUUCAUUUAGACUUUUGACCUUCACCUAACAUGCACAGAUCAUCCACUUGGUUGACAUACAGUAUGUAUGUGCACUGUAAUUGUUAUGAUCUACCACAGUGCAUAUGGCAGAGGAUAAAUGUUUCAUUAAUGCAACUCGGUGUCACUCCCUGCAAAGCACUCACUGUGAUUGUCUAUUGUCCCAUUGAUGUGUUUCACAGCCUUGAGGAUCCACCUCUCCUCAGCAACCAAAGAAGUGUUGGAUGAGUUUGGCUAUUUUGAACUCCAAGAAAGAGGGGAGGUAGAAAUGAAGGUAGGGCCACAAUGAAUAAUGCAUGUGUUGUAAUCAGCAUUAUCUGUAAUGGCUUCAUGUAUUCAAUUGUCUGAUAAAUGAAUAUAAUGGAAUAAAAUAAAAUAGAAUACAAAAGUGGUUUGUCACAUACUGGAAAGGUGCAGUGAAAUGUGUUGUUUUACAGGGUCAGCUAUAGUAAAAUGUGGUCUUGUGAUUCCCAUUCUGUUUAUUCUAUCUCUUGGUGGAAGAAUGCAGUGCAUGUCAGUAGAUUUGCAGCUCUGGGUCUCUCAGAUUACGACUGUCGUAAAACAGAUGGCUGUACUCUCCUGUCGAAAUGGAAGAAAACCAUAAAGUCUGGUUAUGAAGAGUAGCAUACUCUCUCUAGGGAUGCCAGAUGAGUUUUAACAGGUCCAGCAAAUGCCAGGGUCACCCUUUAAGGAAGAGAAGACCUUUUGUGUAUCUACUGUAUCACUCCCACUCGUCUCCAUUGAUGAGCCUAUUGAUUUCUGUGUUUUUCCAGGGCAAAGGCAAAAUGAGAACCUAUUGGCUUGAGGGGGAGAAGACUGAUGUGUACGUUAUCUGAGAGGCCUGCUGAUAGCGUGUACCCACAGUGGAGACAACCACAGAAGAGGCUACACAGUGGCACAGCCAGCCACUGCUUUAUUUGUUCUAGAAUAAGUCCUAAAGGUGAUUCCCUCCCCAAAAUAAACAAUAUGUACUGAAUUAGACCUUUUUGGAAAAGAAGGGAUGUUUUAAUGGUAUGUUUAUAAUACCUGUGUACUGUUACUGCAAAAAAACUGUAAAGAUGUUUUGUAUGGAGAAUCUUUCUGUCCUGAGAUUGAGUACUUUUCGAUUAUGAUCAAUUCUAAUUGUUUUGUGCUUUCUAUAUUAAGAUUUGUAUAAUGUGUUUGGAAGUCAAUUCUGUAUUAAGAUUAUCAUACAGCGUUCAUAACGGAUGGGGGCACAGUGUAAUAAAUGUCAAUGUAGAGGUCCGAGUUCCACAGUGUUGUUAUACAGUACAAUAUGAUAUAUGUAUAUAUGUACA